AUGUCUAAUAUUGCAGAAACCACUACGACCCAAGAACAAGCCUCCGUAACCGCUGAUAUGGUUCUCACGAGUGACCAAGACGCAGAGUCGCAAACUCCAAUCACUCGUGUGAUUGUAAUUGCUAUUGAUCAAUCCGAGCAUAGUCAGCAUGCAUUUGAUUGGGCGGUUAAAAAUUUUCUAAGAAAAGAGAGUGAUCUGGUCGUGUUGGUUAAUGUACGACCGACUCCAUCCGUUCCAGGACCAUAUGCCAUUGGUGCUAGUUAUAUGGAUUUUACAGAAGUAGUGACGAGUUUAGAAGAACAA